AUGGCAUGGAGGUCAUACAACUGCGAAACCAAACCUGAACUUGCCAAAACAGCAAACGCCGCCGUGCGACACCCAUCAGCUGGCCAUUCUUCCUGCAGUCGAGACAGCGUACCAGGAACGUCAAUUGGUCUUGCUCCACUUGAUUCUGGCCUCCCCCAGGACUUGCAAGCUCUGCAACAACACACCGAGACUCGCUCCGCCUUAGGCCUGGAUAUUCAACUGUGGCCAAGGAGUCCAACUUUUGUAAGCACAGCAGUCGCGAAGACCCAACCUGCCAGAACUGCAAACACCGUCCUGCAACGCCUGUCAGCUCGGCAAGAGAGCGUCCCACAAACGCCGAUUGGUCUCGCUCCGCUCAAUUACUGCCCCCCCCAGGACUUGGCAGCAAAACACGCCAACAAUCUCUCCGCCUUAGCCCUGAAUAUACUAUUGUGGCCAGCCAGGGAGUCCAACUUUAACCUGCCAAAACUGCAAACGGACGCCAUCCUGCAACACCCAUCAGCUCGUCAAUCGUCCUGCAGUCAAGAAAGUUUACCACUUAUUCUACUGCGGCCAGCCAGGGAGUCCAACUUUGAACCUGCCAAAACUGCAAACAAACGCCAUCCUGCGACGCCCAUCGCUUGUUAA